CAGUGUUGGAGAAGAAAGAAUGUACACAACCCUACUUAGAAUGAAUACUAAAUGAUAUAUGAUAAGCACACUGCAGCACUUAUUGAAGUUUCUAUAUCCAGAGGAAAUUCCCAGUCUGGUAUCCUACACCACAUCCCACCCCCUUGUUCUAAACUGAACAUACCUUGUAGAAAUGAAAGCAGGUUUCAAUAUAUGCAGAGACUGCACAGAACAACGGGAAGGAAGGGAUUUUUGCAAAGGUUGGUUCUGAAUUCUCUUCCAUUCUGCAGCUUUAUUCCCAUGGUGACCAGUGACCUCACAAUAUGUAACGUAACCCUGCCUACUGGAUUAGUAAAACAGGAGACACCUGAAGAUCAGUGUAAACUUGACUCCUGUCACUCUACGCCAUCAACAAGCCGCAUUGAAGUGAAGAUGAAAGGAAGAGGCGAAGAAAAGGAAUAUCUUAUCUUCAUGGCAGAUACAGCUGGAGAUAGCUCAUUGCUACCUGUUUUGCCAAAAAGUUCAUUAGGUGGAAAUGCAACAAGGAAAUCUUUCAGGAACCACAUGAGUUUGAAGAAUUAUGUUAAAGUCAAGGACAAACCCGCCGUUCCCAGUAUCAAUCUGGUGAACCUUUGCUGCAUUCCAUCCAUCAUCUAUAUCUUUUCUAAAGGCCAACAUAUCACGUCUUCCGAAUUGCUUGCUGGACCGGCAUGUUAAUUUCCAGUGAUUCCUUUGCAGCAUGAUCCAUUGGUUCUCUCAUUAGAAUCAUCAUUUAUGAAUUGUUCCUGGGAAAUGUUCUCAUAUAUAUGCAACCAAAAAAGGAGAAACCAGAGGCCAAGCAACUACAUCCAAAGACAAGUUAUCACUUGACCAGUAACUCCAAAACUGUUACUUGAAACAGACGUUAACAUAGUGACCUAGUCAGAGUGAAGAAUAGUGAUGUUAAAAAGAAAGCACAGGAUACUGGACCAAAUAUGUGUAGAGGUGAAAUGAUGAAUGAGUGAGUGAGUUAUGCAUAGGGGAGGUGCAUCAAAAUCAUGAUAUUGAGAUUCAGACGU